UCUCCCUUUAGGGUUUCGGAGUAGCGGGGAAGCGCGUCACCCUGGUACACCGUUCACCGACUCGUUUUCAUCGUUUUUCGUCUUCAUGCAUGUGUGCGCAUGUGUCUUGUGGUAGAUAAGCAUGACUGAGAGCGCGAGCACCAGUAAUAAAAACGAGGAUUGUCAUGCGGCGAAUGGUGUGAAACCAGGAAGAAAUGGCAUGGUGAGGAAUCAUCACAUUCAUCAUCAGUAUCAACAGCAGGAGAAGAAGGUUAACCACCACGCUGCAUGCAAUGGAGAGCUGUACAGCAGGCCUUUCGUUGAAACCUUUGAGGAAACUCCUAUGCUGGUUGCCGUGCUCACGUACAUGGGCUACGGCAUCCUUACAAUCUUUGGAUAUCUGCGGGAUUUCAUGAGGGAGUGGAAAAUAGAAAAAUGCCACAUAGCCAGAGAAAGGGAGGAGCAAAAGGACUUUGUUCCACUUUAUCAAGAUUUUGAGGAUUUCUACACAAGGAAUUUAUACAUGAGGAUUCGGGAUAGCUGGAACAGGCCCAUUUGCAGUGUUCCUGGUGCCAAGUUUGACCUUGUGGAAAGAAAUUCCAAUGAUUACAACUGGACCUUUGAAUACACUGGCCGGGUGGUGAAGGAUGUCAUCAAUCUGGGCUCAUACAAUUACCUUGGCUUUGCUGAAAACACGGGGGCUUGUGCCGCUGCUGCUGGAGAGGUGACGAUGAAAUACGGGGCGGGCGUGGCCAGCACCAGACAGGAAAUGGGUAACCUCGACCGGCACGAAGAGUUGGAGAAGCAGGUGGCCUCAUUCCUCGGCGUAGAGUCAGCGAUGGCUUUCGGAAUGGGCUUUGCAACAAACUCCAUGAACAUUCCUGCAUUAGCUGGCAAGGGAUGCCUGAUCCUGAGUGAUGAGCUAAACCACGCCUCUCUGGUAUUGGGAGCCCGGCUCUCCUGCUCCACCAUCCGGGUUUUUAAGCACAAUAAUAUGCAAAGUUUGGAAAAGUUGCUCAGAGAUGCUAUAGUUCAUGGCCAGCCUAGGACACAUCGACCCUGGAAGAAAAUCCUCAUUCUUGUGGAAGGCAUCUACAGUAUGGAGGGCUCCAUUGUACGAUUGCCAGAAAUUAUAGCCCUGAAGAAGAAGUACAAGGCUUAUCUGUACCUGGAUGAAGCUCACAGUAUCGGGGCAUUAGGACCGACCGGCAGAGGGGUGGUGGAGUAUUUUGGCCUGGACCCCAAGGAUGUGGACAUCAUGAUGGGCACCUUUACAAAGAGCUUUGGUGCUGCAGGUGGUUACAUAGGAGGUAAAAAGGAUUUGAUAGACUACCUACGAACGCACUCGCACAGCGCGAUUUACGCCACCUCCAUGCCGCCUCCUGUCGCGGAGCAAAUCAUCACUUCUAUGAAGUGCAUUAUGGGAGAGGAUGGAACGUCAAUAGGUCGUUCGCGAAUCCAGCGGCUGGCUGAAAACACGGUAUAUUUUCGCAGGAGAAUGCGGGAGAUGGGAUUCAUUAUCUAUGGCAACAAUGACUCACCUGUGGUACCCAUGAUGCUCUACAUGCCUGCCAAAAUUGGGGCGUUUGGUCGGGAGAUGUUAAAGAGAAACAUUGGGGUGGUGGUGGUGGGCUUCCCAGCGACGCCCAUCAUUGAGUCUAGAGCCCGAUUUUGUAUCUCCGCAGGCCACUCCAAAGAAAUGCUGGACAGGGCAUUGGGUGUGAUCAGUGAAGUCGGCGACCUGCUGCAGCUGAAGUACUCGCGCCGCAAAGUUCUUCCCUCCUCGGAUCGGCUUUUUGAUGAGACCACAUACGAGGAGAACGAGGAAUGACGCACUUCCUUUCUUAACCAAAUGUGCACUGCUCAUCUUCUGUCCCCUGAAAGAAGGAACCACUUAAUAAAUCUAACUUUUUUUAAAAACCUAGCCAUUUUUAUUUCGACACAUAAAGCACUGAUCAGCACCUCACUGGCGCUUUUAGAAAGAAACACUUUGUCGCUACUCGGUUUCCUGCUCAUUUGUCAUUUCAGUUCGGGUUUGAUGUGAGGUCUGGGGUCUGUUCUUAACUCAUUGUGGCAUUCGUUUUGGGAAAUAAACUUCUUCGAUUUCUCUUCGCCUGCCACGUGAGGCCGUAAGUCUUUUUUGUACUUGCUAAAGCCAUAUGUCAGUUUAACCCUCGAAACCGUUUUCGUGCAAAAAAGCAUUGAAUACAUUUUCCCUGUAAGUGAGAACAGACAUACAGCAUAUCCCAUGAUUCCAAGAAUCCCGGCCUAUAAGAGGACUUACUGUUUCUUUUGAUUGCAUUGUCAGUACAUUGACUGUGUAAUCUAAAUCAAACACCAAAAACUACACAACUUGGCUGUUCAGUUUGUUGUUUGACUUGCGGCCAGCUCUGGUGUCUUACUUUAAUCUGGCGAUCGUUUUUCUUAUGUUACCGGUGUAUUUAUUUUUUCAGCGCGAUAUAAAUCGCAGAAGGCAAUCUUGGUAAUGUCCAAGUAUAAUCUGUGAAGGAACGUGCAUAUUUAUCAAAUUUACACCUCCUGAGAAAACUUGGACACAGAUUGCAAGUUAAGCGGCGCAAAGUUGGCGCUAGUUGUGCGGUAAAAUUUACCUAGAAACUAGGAACGAGCGCUGCUUCAUGCUUGUUGAUUGAUUUCUUUAUUAAUAUGCAAAACUUUAAUAUGAAUUUUUAUAGAGACUCAGUUUACGCACACAAGUCUUUAUUGUACAUAUUUAUUUAUUGUUCAUGUUUCUUAUCUUUUAUUGUUUGGAGAAGUGUACUUUAAUCAUCAAUGGCAGCUCCAUAUAUCUUAAACACAUGCAUGAUGUGCCUACUCUCGAUGAAGAUACUACUGAUGAGUAUUUUUAUAUCAUGUUGUUAUUCCCUCGAAAUACAUGUGUGAUGAAAUCACCAAAUAUGCUGGUUUAUAAUGCUUUAAAGGUGCUGAACCUGUACACUUUUUUGUUUUGUGGCCUUUGUUACUGUAACAAAUUUGUCCUGUAAGGUAGUAUUUAAUUUAUCACAUCCCCUCACAACAUCAAAAUCCAGAUAUGUUUAUGUAUUUCAUUUAACCUAUGUCUUAUUUUAUUUUUUUACCUGUGGUCCUUGAAAUUUAACCGAAAGGAAUGUGAAAGGAGUUACCUGAUGUCAAAAACAAUCACAUGUAUUGUGUCUGCUAAAUAUGACAUAAAGGUGGCAAUGAUGGAUUCAUAUGAUUGGAAAACUGGGAUACAUGCUCUACUACGUGCACUGUAUGUGUUAUAGUUUAAUCGGAUUUGCUGCCAGUAGUCCAUAUGUUUUCUUCAGAUUUACUUUUGAAUCUAAGUACACUGUGGGCUUCAUAUCAGUUCAGGAACUUUUUCACUCCUCUAAGAAAAUAAAAAUGCA